GAUUUUAAUUUCAACUUGUUUGUCGACAAUCCUUAAAAUGAUUCAUUUUUUGAUUCUAACACUUACAUUUUUACAGUGCAGCUCAGAAACUACAGACAUUAAGAAUUAUCUAAAGAUUGUUCAAGCUGGAGACACGGUUAACUUCACGUGUAGUUUAUUUAAUGAAAUAAGAAACAGUGUGGUCUGGAUCAAACAAAGUGUUGGAAAGAAACCUCUUCCCGUCGUUUCAUCAUUUCAAAAUGUAGAUCACAAAUUUGACAAUGACUUUGACAAACAAAAACGCUUUUUUGUAACAAAAGAUGAUGUCAGUUUUAAUCUGAGCAUCACAAACACAGAAGUGUCUGACUCUGCAACUUACUAUUGUAUAACAUAUGCAUAUCAUUUCACAUUUGGAAACAGCACUGACCUCAUAGUUAAAGCUGGUGAACUGAACAUCAAGUCUGAUCAUCAGAGAUCAGCAUCAGAGGAUCAGCAGUGCAGCGUUAUCUCUCAGAGCUGUGCAGAAGAACACAAGGUCUACUGGUUCAGACAGCGCUCUGGAGAAUCUCCUCCAGGAGUGAUCUACACUCAGGACAGCAGGAGCGCUCAGUGUGAGAAGAGCUCUGAUCUAAACUCCACUGCACACAAAUGCAUCUACAGCCUGCCCAAGACUGAUGAAGAUCCUGCCAUCUACUACUGCGCUGUGGCCGCUUGUGGACAAAUACUGUUCGGAGAUGGGAAGAAAGCUGGAUUGAAAGAUGAAUGUUUUCAGACACAUUGGAUUACAGCUUUACUGAUCAUAACAGCUUCAUCUAUGAUUGUGAAUAUCAUUUUAAGUGUACAAUUGCACAAGUACAGGCAAAAAGAUCGGUUUUACAACACUCAGAGCCAUCAGUUAUCGGUGGAUCACGCUGAUGGUUUGAAUUAUGCUGCUUUGAGCUUCCAACAAAAUCCCUCCACGUCUAGAAAAUCAUCGGAAAGAAACCUACAAGACACUGCUAUGUAUGCACAUACAAGGCGCCAACAAAUGUAGCAUAAAUUGUCUGGGUUUGCUUAUAUAGACACUCUUUGUGUUUAAACUAAUUUGCAGGUGACAUCGCAAUAAC